AUGUCUGAGGGCACCCAUCCGCCAGUUCCUCUGGAUUGGCACCAGGAAAUGCCCCAUUCAUCGUCGCAGGCAUCUCAUCGCAAUCGAACACUCGCAAUCAAGCAUGUCGACGGAGAGCCUCUCACUCGCGCGGACAUCCAGUACGACUUGCUGUUCAACAUCUUCGACGACCGCAAUGCUGCGUUCACAGAUCCGUACCGUACCCUCCAUGGCCAUCCGCCCGGCACCAAAGUGACAUUUCGGGACUUGUACGUGAAUGCGCUGCUGCAGUCCCCCCGGUGCUCGAAGGGGCUCAGGGACAAGAUGCUCGAGAGCCCAGCGUUCGGGACUGACUUUGCAAAGAUUGCCUUGCUUGCUAAUGUUGGAAGGAUCAACACUACCAUGGCUUUCUUUCCAGAGCUCCGCACCACCCUCAGGACAUAUCAUCCCGUCCCGUCUCUGCAGAAGACAGAUGGUAACCUCCAGGACGCCCCCCGCAUCAAGAAUAUCCUCAAGUCAUGUCUACUGCCCGGAGAACUCAGCGGACAAGCCACCCCUCUUGAUAUUGUUACACGGGCUCGGUCCGGCCAAAUACCCCCAACCACAGUGGUCAACCUCAUCUUCGCAAUGGCAAACCACGCCCUGCCCCUCGGCCGCACGCACUUCCCCUCCGGAUCCUCGCUGGAUUUCCUGGACCUCUUCACCAACACGACGCUCACAUCCGCGUCGCGCGCACGCGUAUUCCUCUGGCUCUGCUACCACCACCUGGAAGAGCACACCAUCCCGAACCCCUUCGCGGACGACUACGCGGCGCAGAACCCGGGCAAGGCGCCCAUGCUCGAGGUGCUGCCGAUAGACCACGAGAGCACGGAGAACGUCGACCCGCCAGAGGAAGUCGAGUGGGGGAACCGCAUGCGCCAGCAGCGGAGGCUGUUUGUGCAAAAGCAGGCCGAUGUUGUGCUGGAAAGCGCAGAUUCUGCUGCCGGCGGGAGCGCGGGGGAUGAGAAUGGCAAGUCGAUAGGUCCAAGCACUUCCGGUCGGGGCAGGGGCAAGAAAACGGGCAAGAAGGCAGUGCGCAGGAGUGUCUCGCCUGCUGAGACGGAUGUUACAAACGUGACAGGCCAUCCGGAAGGGUCUGAAGUUUCAAUUAUGCUCGAACAGGGCGGCUACCAACCCGGUCUGACUCGAGCUGCAUCUGCUCCCGACUUUCGACACCGUCUGAUUCCGGCGGAAUGGCAGAAUUCCCAGCCGUCGGCCCCUCAAUGCGGCAGACCUCGAGCUGACGAGGGCUCUAGUGCAAGACCAACCAAGCGUCGCCGAGUGCCCCCCGUACCUACUCUCGCACCAUUAUUCGUCUACCAGAGGACGAUGUUGGAGCACGCCUGGCAUACCGUAUGCAGCACAGAUCCAGCUCUAGAAUCCGACGACGAAACCGUGGCAGACGAACACGUGAGGGUCGACUGUGUUCGUCGUCUGCAUGUUCUCAACCGCCUGAGAGGCAGAUCGCCAACCCCCGAGCCUCCUGAGGUGUCCGGACCUAAUAUACCCCCUGCAGUGACAUCAGACUCAGCACUAUAGCGGUCUCGCCAGACUACGCUCAUUGAUACCCUUCCCUGUUUCGUGCCUAUCGACCUAACUUCUUGUAGCAUUCGCAGCGUCUCGUUGAGUGUAUCAUCACAAGUUCUUCACUGUACAUGUAUAAUAGCACUAUUGCCUUGAUUCUCUCGAUUUUCCAACCGGGUUCGGGGCGUAGCUAUAGCAUUUUGAUACAAGAGAGAGCGAUCAAGAACUAAUGUUGCAUUAUAUACUACUGCUCCAGCAUAAUGAGGCGUCGAUUAACAUACAGGCGGGGCGCGUCGCCUACUCACAUUUCAGGAUGUGUACUCAGGAUAUGGACCUUGGGGAACCGACAUAAUGAAUGAAAAGAGAGAAACUUGAAGCAGAUGGAGGUAAAGAUCCAGACUCGCUAUCUAAUCCAUAGGUAAUAAAAUACAUCAAAACCGGGACGCCCCCCAAAACCAGAUGUCCCGAGGCGACAGGUAAGAGUACAGAAAGAGCACGAAAGCUACUCCGCGAGCCACUUUUCACAUUUCUUUGCGUACUUGUCAAGGAGGAGAGACAGGUCCCUGAUCACGAACGUCAAAACGACCCGCGCGAAAAAGUCCGACGCAUGUUUCAGCUUGAAAUCCAGGGCAGUCCGUAUAUCAGCAGGCAAGGCCGCGUACGUCGGAGCCUGCGACAUGAUGGCCUUUGUAUGCUCGUCAAGCAACUGCGCCUGAGAGAACAGCCGGCAUAGACCUUGGGUAUAUGCAGUUGGCGAAUCGAGGUUUUUACCGGCGGUAAACUUGUCAAAUUGCCGGGUCAAUUUGCCCCCCCAUGAUGUCAUACCACUCUUUUUCUGCAACGCAAAUCCCUCGCCUACUCCAAGCUUCUUCCCAAAGUUAGCGACAACACUAUCGCAAACCGAAGAGAAGUCGUCCAACUUGGCUGCCCAUGAUUCACCUUCUUUCCGACCGACGCUGCCGAUCCCCAGGCCCAUACCACUGCUGACAUUUCCGGCGCCAAAUACUUCUGCGCUGCACUUCUCCACGUCUUCAAGGGCUGAGCAGAGUACUUCGACUACUCGCACUUUCUCGGCUAGGUUGUUCAGCUUGACACCACCCUGUGACCAGACCUCAUAUGGGACAUGCAAACGCCUC